AUGGCACUUGCUAGAUCCUUGAGUGGUCCUGCUGGACUUAGCAUCAAUACAACAUCUGCCAAUUCGUCGCUCGGAUCUUCCAACACCACACCCGCCGCCGGAGGGAUGUUUGGAAGUACGGGCGCAAGCAAGCCGGGUGGGCUUUUCGGUCUGACGACUACGUCUGCUCCUCAAAGUGGAGGUCUUUUUGGAGGUGCAACAAGCCAACCUCAAUCAGGAGGACUCUUUGGGACUACGGCAACAACUUCUCAACCACAGACUGGAGGGCUGUUUGGUACUGCGACGGCCUCGUCACAACCGCAAACUGGCGGGCUUUUCGGUACGGCCACAGCAUCGACGCAGCCGCAGACUGGGGGACUUUUCGGAACCGCGAACGCGCCUGCAACCUCGCAGCCAGCUACUGGGAGCUUAUUUGGAGCUGCCGCGGCAAAACCACAAACUGGUGGACUGUUUGGAGGAGCUUCUGCAGCAACAUCUCAACCACAAACUGGCGGCCUGUUUGGAGCCUCGACAGCAACCACUUCGCAACCUCAAUCGGGAGGACUUUUCGGAGGAACGGCAGCCACUUCUCAAGCCCAGACAGGAGGAGGUCUGUUUGGUGGUCUCAACAGUCAAAGUCAGAAUAAACCGGCCACGUCUUUAUUCGGUGGUCUAGGAAAUAACCAAACCCAACAGAAUCAGCCUCAAGCGCAACAAAACUCUAUGUUUUCUCAAAGUCAACAACAAAAUGCAGGUGGUCUUGGUGGGGGGCUUUCAUUAGGCCAGGGAAAUGCACAAAACCAACAGAGUGUUCCUGGCGUACGCAUCGAUUUAACGAAUCUCCGUGGCACUACAAGAUUCAAUGAUCUGUAUGACGACCUCCAGCAGACUAUUAUGAAGAUGGACGAGGUGAUACAAGGACAGAUCAAGCUGAAAAAUGAUUGUGACGCCAUCAUGCCAGCUCAUGACCAACAACUAUCACAGGUUCCUGGCGACGUCGCUUUCUGCAGUCGGAAAUUGAUGGGUGUUGAAGGAGCGCUUGUUUCUGAUGUGAAGUCAAUAGCAGUCGCGCGAGAUCUGGUCAAAGUUGAUGCUGAGAAUGCUAAACUAAGUUUCAAAGCUAUUGACAAUCUCAAAUUACCACCUCAGUAUCACAACACUGGAAUCUGGUCCACAAAAUCCUCAGACAAUCAAUCCGGUAAUGGGGAGGAGGAGCAGGAUAUAGUAGGCCUUUUUUCUGCUACUACAGACGAGCUCUCGUCUACUCUGAAGAGGUAUCAGAUGAAUAUUAAUGAGAUAGAACAACAUCUUCGUAACGUCGAGGGUGCAAGCGCUCAACAGAUCAACGCAUUCAUUGCGAAAAGGAGCGGUAGCUCGAGUGCUCAUGAAGAUCCUGUAGCAGAACUCGCUGCUGCCCUUCGAGAGUUCGAACAAAGCAUCCUUGGUGUGGCAGGCAAGGUGGGCGGGGCGCGGGAAAGUGUUCAAAAUCUACAGCUUGGGGGACUGGCGGCGAGGAGUAGCGGGAAUAAUGUAAACGGUAAAAGAAGCGGUAUAUAUUAG